UCUCUGUUUUUUUUUUUCUCUAUUUUUUUUUUAAUUGAUUUCUUCUCGAUCUUCUUCUUCUUCUUCUUCCCCUGCGAUGCUCGUUCGCAAGUCAACGACGCGCAUGACAGCUGCGCUGGUGCUGCUGGCGGUGGGCUCGUCGCUCGCUGUGCUGCAGGCCGCCGCCUCGCGCACAACUUCAACUGAUUAUUUCUCGACACCGCAGCUGAGCAAGAUUUACGCCGUGACAAGGGCCUCCGUGCGCGCCAACGAUGCCAACUUGGAGGCCGACCAUCGCCGCCAGGUCUGGGACGCGGUGGAGCCUCAACAUACUUCUUUGCGCCGGCGCCAAACCACCGUUCAGGACGCAGACGAACUGGAGCACUGGAACCCGGAACGCCCAUUCCCCGAUCACAUUGAAGUCUCAUUCACCGCGGCUGACGGCUCUGCGGAAACCGUUCAAGCAGAGCUUGUCUACGGCUUUUUCGCCGACACGGCGCGAGUCUUCACAACCUCAACGGUCAAUGGUGUCCAGGUCAUUGAGCAGCAUCGACCCGUUUUGCGGGCGUAUCACGGACAAACCCUCACCGGACACCUCGUGUCUGUCGUCCUCCACGACGAGCCCGACUCGUUCCAGAUGGUUGUUUUUGAUCCGGCGGGCCACUACACCAUCGAGCCGGCCAUCCGUCAUCUCCCCGACGUCGAGUCGCAGACGCAACGCCGCGCGCUCCAGGAUGCGACGAUGGCAACUGGCUUGAUUUUGUUCCAUGGUGUGGACGAUGUCCAGGAGACGUUGAGCGAUGCCGUGUUGAAAGACGAGGACAAUGCUCGCCGCGCUGAUGGUGCCAAGUCCCGCUCGCCCAUUCCCCUGGCCAAGAGCAUUCGCUUGCCCUCUGGCAACCAGCGCCGCGUCGCCCAGUGGACCAACUGCCUCCCAGCAUCCGUUACGACUACGCAGGCCAUCAACGUCGGGUAUGCCAUCGAUGCGGGCUACUACCAAUUCAUGGGAUCCAGCACCACGAAUGUCCAGUACAGCGUUGUCGAAAUCAUGUCCUCGACGAACAUGCUCUACAAGGCACAACUGAACGUGGUGAUUCGGACGUCUACCCUCGACAUUCGUACGACAACAAACUCGGACACGUGGAACCAAAUCCCAUCCACCCCGGGAUCCCAGAGCUGCGGCCUGACCAUCAACCAAGCACUCACUUCGUUUCAAACUUGGCGCCAAGCCAAGCCGGCAACCGAGACCAACGGUCUGUAUCACUUGCUGACGUACUGCUACCCGUCUCCCGGAACCGUGGGCUUGGCCACAGUGGGCUGCCUGUGCAACCGCCGGUAUGGCGGCGUUUCUUCGACGUCCUCGCAGACCUGGAUUACUGUGGCUCACGAGAUGGGACACAACUUUAACGCCCAGCACACUUUUGACGUCGGUGGUCUCAUGGACUAUGGCGAUGGCACGUACCUGGGCGAGUACCAGUUCCACCCCAACAACAAGGCCGAGGUUUGUUCGCACAUGACCGCCAGCAGGGCUGCCAACUAUGCCGGUACCUACACGGUGCCAUCUUGCUGGAGCAACUACCAAGCCAUCUGCGGCAACGGCAAUAUCGAGCCGGGCGAAGAUUGCGACGACACGUCUGCGUGCUGCUCCAACUGCAAAUUUGCCAACCCGAGCUAUGAAUGCUCUGGUGGCCCCUGUUGCACAUCCUGCAUGUUUGUGAUGCCAAACACGCUUUGCAUGAGUUCGAAAGGCCAGUGCAUGAACGGCCGCUGCGUCAACCUCGCCGGUGGUUGCGAAUCGUACAGCAACGUGAAGAUGUGCCCGACGUCACCCGUCACCACCAGUAAUCAGUGCGCGUUGAAUUGCAAGUACAGCUCCUCGUCCUCUUGCACCCCUGCUUCUUCGAUUGGUGGCAUCGUUACGACACUGUUUUUGCCGCUCGGCACGGUGUGCUCAAGGAGCCCUUACAGCACUUGCCAGACGUCUGGCAGCAGCGUCGCCUGUCUGGCUGCCACCAUCUACACUUGGAACACUGGUUCUUGGUCUGCAUGCUCCCCGUCGUGCGGCGCUGGCACCCAGACCCGCACCGUCACUUGUGUCAAUGGUGCGAGCACAACCGUUUCCGAUUCUCUCUGCACCGGUACAAAGCCAGCCACCUCACAGUCCUGCAACAACGGUGCAUGUGGCUCGUAUGCUUGGCAACAGUCUGGAUUCGGCGCGUGCUCUGUGCCCUGCGGCUCUGGCACGCAGACGCAGACGGUUCAGUGCGUGAAUACUGCUUCCGGCAACGCCGUUGUGGCUGACUCCUUCUGCACCGGCACCAAGCCGAGCACAUCUCAAUCGUGCUCGUCGACUGCGUGCGGUUGGUACACUGGCUCGUUUGGCGCAUGCUCCCCGUCUUGCGGCGCUGGCACUCAAACUCGCACUGUCGAGUGCCGAACCAAUGCAGGCAACGGUGUGGCUGCCUCAUCGACUUAUUGCACUGGCACUCAACCUGCUACUUCGCAAUCUUGCAACAAUGGCGCCUGCCCUGCUUACGCUUGGCAGCAAUCUGGAUUCGGCGCGUGCUCUGUGCCCUGCGGCUCUGGAACGCAAACUCAGACCGUUCAAUGCGUCAACACCGCUGCUAGCAACGCUGUUGUUGCCGAUUCCCUGUGCACCGGCACCAAGCCAAGUACCUCUCAAUCGUGUUCUUCGACUGCGUGUGGCUGGUUUACUGGCUCGUUCGGUGCAUGCUCUCCUUCUUGUGGCGUUGGCACACAGACGCGCACUGUCGAGUGCCGAACGAACGCUGGCAACGGUGUUGCCGCUUCGUCCACGUAUUGCACUGGCACUCAGCCUGCUACUUCACAAUCGUGCAACAAUGGCGCCUGCCCUGUCUACUCUUGGCAGCAAUCUGGAUUCGGCGCUUGCUCUGUGCCCUGCGGCUCUGGAACACAAACUCAAACCGUUCAGUGCGUCAACACCGCUGCUAGCAACGCUGUUGUGGCCGAUUCCCUGUGCACUGGCACCAAGCCGAGCACAUCUCAAUCCUGCUCGUCGACUGCGUGUGGCUGGUUUACUGGUUCGUUCGGUGCAUGCUCUCCUUCUUGUGGCGCUGGCACCCAAACCCGCACUGUCGAAUGCCGAACGAACGCUGGCAACGGCGUUGCCGCUUCGUCCACGUACUGCACUGAUACCCAGCCAGCCGCUUCGCAAUCUUGCAACAACGGUGCAUGCGGUAGCUACGUUUGGCAACAAUCUGGAUUCGGCGCUUGCUCUGUGCCCUGCGGCUCGGGAACGCAAACUCAAACUGUUCAAUGCGUCAACACCGCUGCUAGCAACGCUGUUGUUGCCGAUUCCCUGUGCACUGGCACCAAGCCAAGUACCUCUCAAUCCUGCUCGUCGACUGCGUGUGGCUGGUUUACUGGUUCGUUCGGUGCAUGCUCUCCUUCUUGUGGCGCUGGCACCCAAACCCGCACUGUCGAAUGCCGAACGAACGCUGGCAACGGCGUUGCCGCUUCGUCCACGUAUUGCACUGGCACUCAGCCUGCUACUUCACAGUCUUGCAACAAUGGCGCCUGCCCCGUCUACGCUUGGAAACAAUCUGGAUUUGGCGCUUGCUCGGUGCCCUGCGGCUCUGGCACGCAGACUCAGACCGUCCAAUGCGUCAACACUGCCGCUGGCGACGCGAUCGUGUCUGAUUCUCUCUGCACUGGCACCAAGCCAAGCGCUUCUCAAUCGUGCUCCUCGACUGUUUGCGGCUGGUAUGCAGGCACGUUCGGUGUUUGCUCUGUGACUUGCAGCGGCACUGGCACCCAAACGCGCACGGUCGAGUGUCGCACAAACGGCGGCAAUGGAGCGACGGUUGCAGACACGUAUUGCUCUGGAACCCAACCCGCUAGCUCGCAGUCAUGCAACAAUGGAGCUUGCCCAACGUAUGCUUGGCAGCAGUCUGGUUUUGGAGCCUGCUCACCAUCUUGCGGAGCCGGCACACAGACCCAAACCGUUCAAUGCGUCAACACUGCUGCCGCCAACGCUGUCGUGUCAGAUUCCCUCUGCACUGGCACCAAGCCCAGCACUUCUCAGGCUUGUAAUAACGGCGUGUGCCCCUCGUACUCGUGGCAGCAGUCUGGAUUUGGUGGCUGCACGCAACCCUGCGGCGGAGGAACGCAAUCUCAAACCGUGCAGUGCGUGAACACUGCUGCUGGAAAUGCAGUCGUGGCCGAUAGCUUGUGCACCGGCACAAAGCCGGCGACCUCUCAAUCCUGCAACACUGGCGCUUGCCCCAGCUACUCGUGGCAGCAGUCUGGCUUUGGUGCUUGCUCUGCCUCUUGCGGAACCGGUACUCAGACCCAAACCGUGCAGUGCGUCAAUACUGCCAGCGGCAACACUGUUGUUGCCGACUCGCUUUGCAGCGGCACAAAGCCCGCCUCGUCGCGAAAUUGCAACACGCACGUUUGCCCACCCGCCAUCGAUUGCUCCUGCACUGCUUGGUCUGUGUUUGCCCCUUGCUCGGUGUCCUGCGGCUCUGGCGUUCAAAAGAGCUACCGCACCUGCACGGAAGCUCGGGAUGGAGGUCGCACGUGCGCCCAGCUCGGCCUGACCAGCACGGUUCGUCAACAGGCGUGCAACACUCAGGCUUGUCCAGUUGAUUGCUCGUGUGGCGCGUGGACUGGACCGACCGCUUGCUCUGCCACGUGCGGUGGCGGCAAGCAGACCUACACUCGCACCUGUACCGAAGCCUCGGCUGGCGGCCUGACCUGUGCUGCCAUGGGCCUGAAGACAACCCGUCAAGUCACAUGCAACAGUGGUUCUUGCCCCACCCCGGCCAACCGCGACUGUUCGUGCUCUGCUUGGUCGUCGUGGAGCACAUGCUCGCGCAACUGUGGCACCGGAGCUCAGUUCCGCACUCGCACCUGCAGCGCGGCGGUCGGCAGCGGCCAGACUUGCGCUGCUCUCGGCUUGACUUCGACGUCCGAGUAUCGCUCGUGCAAUUCGUUUGUGUGCGCGCUGCCGACCAAGUAUAUGGUUGCGCUCUUUUCCUUUGAUGGCUCUGGUCCCUCGUUUACCGACUCUCAGGGCAACGUUUUCUCCUGGUCGUCCGCUUUGACUCGUCGCGACACGUCCACGACUGUCCCUGCGAUUCGUGGAAAUGCAGCCGAAUUUGGUGGUAGUGCCAGCAUGGCCUUGACAUCCGGGCCGCGCCUGUACGAGGUGACCCUGUCUGCCUUCAUUCAGCCCUCUGCCAUGGCCUCGGGCACCGCGUUCAUCCGUGCACCCAAUGCCGGCACCACCAAUUUCUUUGUGAGCUUCCGCACGAACGGCGGCCGUGUGACGCCGUUUGUCAACGUCGGAUCGACAACUCUGGCCGCCACUCUGUCCAGCAGCAUUCCGACGACGUCGUGGAGCCACAUUGCGGUGACGCUGAACGCCGAUGGCGCGCUGACCGUUUACCUGAACGGCACGCAGGUGGCCGCGCGCACCGGCGCAACCAUCCCGACCACGUCGAUUGCGCCUGGCAACUGGGAAGUCGCUUGCUUUGAUGCCGAGACAAACUGCUACUCUGGCGCCAUGGACGAGCUGUCCGUGUGGAAUGCGGCGCUCUCUGCAGAAGAGGUUGCCGAGCUGUACAACCGCUACUUCUCUGGCUUGAGCUCGACGUCGGAUCGCGGUUCUCCUGCACCAGCCAGCGGCUCGGAUGGCGGCUCAUCCAUCGUUCCGGUGAUUGUCGGCGUGCUCAUCGGCUUGCUUGUUGUUUUGAUCAUUGUUAUUGUGUUGGUGCGUCGCCAUCGUCGCAAUGCCAACUACAACCACGUCAAGAAGAUGGCUCGUCGGAACAGUGUCGAUUCCAACGACUCGCUCGGUCGUGACAAGACUGCCGGCUCUUUGGACACACAGACACCGGCCUUGAUCACCAAUGCUCGCGCCAACAAGCAUCAAUCACUGGCCACCAUGGCCGUGACUGCCAAUCCUCUCCUUUCAGCACCAGCAGCGGCAGCCCCUGCUCCGGCCAAGAAGCCUGGUCGCCUCGGUCAAAUGACGUUUGGUCGCCGGAGCGCAGCGUCCAAUGCUGCCGCAGCCGGUGCAGCUGACAACGCGGUUGAGCAGCCUGAGGUCGGCGCCCUGUUCCGUGCUCAGUAUGCGUACCAGCCCCAUCAAUCGGAUGAGCUUGAACUGGCCAUUGGCGACGUUAUUCACGUUACUUCGCAAUCGGAUGAUGGCUGGAUGCUGGGCAAGAACAACCGCACCAAGAAGCAUGGUGUGUGCCCUGGCAACUAUCUCGUUCGAAUGGACGCGAAUGACACGACCGCCAUUCCCACUGGCACCUUGUCUGUAGCUGCCGCGAAGGCAGCGGAAGCGGCUUCGUCCUCGCCUGCCAAGGCGCCCAAGCCCGCCAAGCUUCCUCGUCCGACUGUUUCCGAGACUGCCAAUCCGGUCUUCUCCCACACCAACAAUGACACUCCCUCGCCCAAGCCCACUCCCCCUGCCAAGCCGUCCACGUUGCCUCCGAAGCUCGGAUCCAACUACAACAGAUUGGGCUCGUCCGACUCACUGCUGGACUCACCCACGUCCCCACCUUCGAAACCCGCUCCCCUCGCGCCUGCUUCCGCCGCGCCAUCGAAACCCGCUCCCCUUGCGCCUGCUUCCGCCGCGCCAUCGAAGCCCGCUCCGAUUGCUGCAAAGCCCAGUCCCAUUGCGCCCAAACCAGCCCCGAUUGCAUCCAAGCCGACUCCGCCGGCCGGCAAGCCAACUCCUCCGCCAGGAAAGCCUCUCCCUGUUGACAAGCCCACGCCACCCGCUGGAAAGCCCGCGCCACCCGCUGGGAAGCCCGCUCCUCCACCUGGCAAACCAUCCAAGCCGUCGGCUUCCCAAUCCGAGCUUUAA